AUGGAGAAGCGUAUCAUGGAGAAGGUCGCCGCCAAGUCGAGCCCUCCCGCGGGUGUCGCGGCCAACGGAGGGGGAGGCGGCGGCUCGGCCCUGGCUGGAGGUGGUGGCGCCGACGCUCAAGCCGCACCGCCUUCGGAUGAUGACAAACUACGUGUUAGAGUGCAGCACUUGGAGGAGUCCCUGCAGGCUCUUCGCAAGUGCGAUGGAGUACCAGCGUCGGCCAUUGAGACCGUGGAGGGUGAGCUCAAGGCGGCGCGGGCGGAGGUGCAGUCCAAGAAGCCAGUGUUGUCCCGCGCCACCACGUUGGGCCACAAGCUGGCGGACAAGCAGAAGAAGUUCGAGGCUCUCGACAAGUCAAUUGCGGAGCAGAAUAAGGUUGUGGAGGAGGCGCAGCGGGCGUUGGCGGAGCUCAACGACCGACAGCGCAGUCUGCGCGUGGACAUCGACGCGCUCAAGAUCGAGUUGCAGGCGGCGAUGCAGCAGGUGGCGCCCUCGGCCCCCGAGCAGCAGGUGGAGGUCGACUUUGAGCUGGACCCGAGCGUGCUCGAGGGCCCCGAGGCGGAUGGGGUCAAGACGAUGCUGGCUUCGCCCGAGUUCGCCAAGUUCAGGCAGCUCUAUGCGGCCAAGGCUGUUAUUGAGGGCUGCAGCGGCUCCGGCGACGCCAUGGUGGCCGGGCUUGCCGGGAGCCCGCAGCGCCGGCCGGCGUUGGCCGUGUGCGCGGGCGGCGGUCCGCGCUUCGUGGCCUGGCGCGGCGCUGCGGGCGGCGCGCUUGGAGGCGGGCUGGUGGCGAGGCACGCCGCGGAUCCCCUGGACGGCCUGUCCGCGCGGCCGACCAGGGACCGCGAGGCCGCGCAGGAUGGGCCCGCGGAGCUGUUCCCUGGCGACCCCGGAGACGAUGUCUUCGGGAGGGACGCCCCCGCCGUGGCGGAGGAGAAGCUUCGGAGGGCGGAGGGCGGUGGCCGCGAGCUCGAGCAGGGCAUGAGCAUCGAGCUGUCGAUCCUGGCCUACGCCGGCGUGGCCGUCCUGGCCCUGGCGUUUGGGACCGCGACGCUGCCGUUCCUCCAGAGCUACUGGCUCGGCCCGGUCGUCUACGUGCCGGACGCGCCGCUGGAGACCCUCAACACCGGAGGCAUGGUGGACGGGAUGUGA